AAACUCAACACAAAUUCAUCGUUUGAUCAGAAAUUGAGUGAAUAUUUCGUGCAUUGAUUGCGACCACCGAUGGGUUCUUCGCGCAAACACAGAGACAAAGAGCGCGAGAGGUCUCGAUCGCGGUCUAAGUCCAAAGACAAGUACGAGAAGUCGGACAAAAGCGAUCGAAACCAUCGGUCGAGUCACAGACACAAAGACAAAGAGUCGUCCAGCGGUUCCCGAAAGAGACAAAGAGGUGACAACACCUCCGACGACGACAGAAAUGAUUUGAAAAAAUUAAAGGUAAAGGAAGUAAAGGAUGUGUUGAUCUCGAAAAGUAGUAAUUCUUCAGUUAAUAAAACCGUAAAAUUAGAUCAAAAGAGUUCUGAUGUGAGCGACAGAACCAAUAGAAGGGAUGGACAUCAGACUAAAGAAGAUUCACAACAGACUGAGGGAUCAAAUACUGAGUCGCUUUCCGUUGAAGAGACUAAUAAAUUGCGGAUCAAAUUAGGAUUAAAACCAUUAGACGUGACCUCAGGUGACGACAAAACGGGCGAUAAGAUGGAAACGAAGGAGAUAUUCGUGAAGACCGAGAAAAUGAGUGAUAAAAUAGAGGCCGAAAAGAUUAAGGAGAAGAUUGAGGUGCAGAGGAAUAAACGGAAAAUCGUUCAAAAGCUAAGGACUGUAAAGGGUUUGGCAGAC